GUAACAUCGCCUUUUCCUAUUGGUCGGUACACUCGUAACGUGUCACAACCGGAUGAGUACCUCACUACAGAAAGCCUUCAAAUGAACAUGGAAUAAAGCCUUAAACAGGAUUUAACAGAAGAACAAGUCAUCAUGGAGCAGAACAUACAGCACAUCCCAAUCGACAUUCAGACCAGCAAACUUUUGGACUGGCUCAUAGAUCGGCGUCACUGCAAUCUAAAGUGGCAGAAUGCCAUCAAAGGGAUCCGAGAGAAGAUCAACGCCGCCAUACAGGACAUGCCAGAGAAUGAGGAGAUAAAGGAGCUCCUCUCAGGCUCCUACAUUCACUACUUCCACUGCUUAAGAAUCGUGGAGAUCCUGAAGGGGACGGAACAGUCAUCCAAAAACAUCUUUGGCAACUAUUCCUCGCAGAGGAUGAAGGACUGGCAAGAGAUUGUGCACCUGUACCAGGCAGAUAACAUCUAUUUAGCUGAAAUGGCCAGUCUGCUAAGUCGCAACGUAAGCUACGAGGGCCCGGCUCUGAGAAAGCAGCUGGCCAAAGUCAAGCAGCUGCAGCAGGACAUGAGCAGACGGGAGGUGGAGUGCCAGAGCUCGGCCGCUGACAUGCGUGAGCACUACUACGCCGCCUGCAAGCAGUACGGCAUCAAGGGAGACAACGUUCCUCGUGAGCUGCAGGCUCUGGUCAAAGAUCUCCCGGAUGUUCUUGACAAAGUGGGGACAGACGCCGCCAGGCUUGAAGAGAAAAUCCAACUUUACACCGCUUUCACCAACUUUGUAUGUGAGUGGUCGCAUCCGGUUCUUCCUAUUUUGACGUUUGCGCAGAAGAGAGGCAACGCCACCUUCUACGAGUGGAGGACUGGGAAGGUUCCCACGGCGGUGGAGAGGCCGCAUGUGGAGGAGACGCCUGUUGAAGUGCCGGCGGAGGACACGAUUGACUGGGGGGACUUCAGCACUCAGGAGCCGAGCUCAGAAAUCACAGUAGACGACGGGAUCGACUGGGGCAUCACUGAGGGUGGCGGCGAUACCAUCGAUGUCGCUCCCGUUGAGAUUGAGAUUGUACAAGCAGGCACACAUUGUCCCGAGGGCGUGGCGAAGGGCAACGAUGCCUUGAGCUUGCUGGAGAACGCUAAAUCCCGCAGCCAGUUCAUUGAUGAACUCAUGGAGCUGGAAACGUUCCUCAGCCAGCGCCUCACCGAGAUGGACCAAGAGAGCGACGUGGUGGCCAUAAGUCAGUUCCAGUCGGCGCCGCGGGUCAUCCAGAUCCAGAGCAGCGAGCACAUCAGAGGCAUGCUGUCAGAGGUUCAGGACCUGCUGGGCCGUCUCACGUCGCUCCGGAUGCAGCACCUCUUCAUGAUCCUGGCCUCACCGCGCUAUGUGGAGCGCUUGACAGAGGUGCUAAGCCAGAAAAUGAAGCAGGCCGACAUUCUGGAGCUGAAGGCCAUCAGCAUGGUGGAGAAGAGGCGGGAAGCCUUGGAGGAGCAGUCCAGGCUAGAGCCUCGAGUCGACCUGUUGGUAGAACGCACACAGGAGCUCAAAAAAAUGAUUGAAAGUGACAUUUCCAAGCGCUACAACAACCGACCAGUCAACCUGAUGGGCGUCAUGAUAUAGUAAGGUUAACCAGGACAUAAAAGGUUUUGUCAUUUAA